CACACAACCGAACCGAUCAAAUGCCCCGCGGAACACGGAGAGGGGGCGCUGGCGGUGCAAGGCGAGUUGCUUACAAAAGAUUUGUUCUUAAUCCCAUGUACUUUCAAUUGUCCUAUGACUAUGUGUUGGGGUCAGAUAUUGCUCUGUUUUCUGGUUAACAUAAGAUAAGAUUCUUUUAUUGAUCAAAACAAUUGCAUUGUACAUUUUCAGUACAUAAAAUAAAACAAUUUAACCCACCAAAAAUAAAUUAUCGGUAUUGCCCCCCACCCCCACCCCACCCCCCCAAAACCAACUUUUUUCGGUCUACUUAUCCGACAUUACUUCAAGGGCUAUUGAUUGUUUAUAAUUUUUAAUUUAGUUGUAAGAAUUAUAUUAUAUAUUAAAUAUAUACGUCAAGGAAAUAUGCUAAAUAAUUAGUCUAAAGGCAUUAUAUUGUAAAACUAUUUAUACCGAAUUGUAGCAUAAGCCGGCACAGUAAAACUGUUUUUUGCGGGGGUUCGUUGAAAGCUAUUGGACACUUUGAUGUACAUGUCUCUAUCGGAUACUUUGAUGUACAUGUCUCUAUCGGAUACUUUGAUGUACAUGUCUCUAUCGGAUACUUUGAUGGACAUGUCUCUAUCGGAUACUUUGAUGGACAUGUCUCUAUCGGAUACUUACUAUCUACCACCUACUAUCGCAGCGGCCACAUCAUCGACUGUGUGGUGUACCGUGAUGACGACAACUUGGUGGACAGCUGUACUGUGAGUCAUAUGCUCUCCUCUGACCAUGCAGCGGUGCUCACUACACUCAACGUAGUUCCCCCAAAGAACCCACCUGUCUACAGGACCGUGCGUGACAUAAACGCUAUAGACAGAGCAGCCUUCAAAGCCGGCAUUAAGACAAUGCUUCAAGGGCUAGGUGCUGAGCUCAGCGCUCAGCAUCUGGACGAUGGCCUCCGAGCACUUUUGGACGAGCACGCCCCUCCCAUGGCGCGACGUGUCCCGACUGGUCGCUCGUCGCCAUGGUAUGCAGGCGUUAGUGACCAACUCCGUCUGGCAAAACUCGUGCGAAGACGCGCUGAAAGACGCUGGGUAAAGACUGGACUGAGUGUCGACAGACAGAUCUUUUGGACAGCGAAAGAUGCGGUGGCAGAGAUUGUACAGAGGGCAAAGGAUGACUACUGGAGCUCAAAGGUCGAAUCCUGUGCAUCAACCAAGGCGUUGUUCAGCGCUAGUAACCGUCUCCUGGGCAACAGCAAGAAUUUCACCCUCCCUACCGACAUUGCACCAGAGCAACUCCCUGACGCCUUUGCGGACUUUUUCAUCACCAGGGUGCAAAUGAUCAGGGAGGAGCUAGACAGCGCGACCCCUACACCUUCCUCACCGUUCUCGGAGGACGUUAGUCAGACAGAAUCAUUUGAUAGUUUUCUGCCUGUGACUGAGGAUGAGGUGAGGCGAGUCAUCAUCAGGUCUGCUCCCAAGUCUUGUGCCCUCGAUCCUAUCCCCGUCCCACUGCUUGUAGAAUGCCUUGACGUCCUCCUCCCAGCACUCACCUCCAUCAUAAAUUCUUCGAUUCUCUCUGGCAUAUUCCCUCCCAUUUUUAAACGGUCGAUUGUCCUGCCCCUCCUAAAGAAACCCUCACUUGAUCCAAACACACUCAAGAAUUACCGCCCCGUCAGCAACCUCUCCUUUCUCUCAAAAAUCAUAGAAAAACUCAUACUCUCUCAGCUCUCUGGCUAUCUUCAUUCUCGCAAUCUCUAUCCUUCCUCUCAGUCCGCCUACCGACUUGGUCAUAGCACAGAAACAGCACUGGUCCGAGUCAUGAGUGACCUCCUGCGCGCGAUGGACGAUGGCAAACUCUCUAUUCUCACUCUGUUAGAUCUCUCUGCUGCAUUUGAUACCAUUGACCACCAGAUUCUUCUUGACCGCCUUCAUCUUUCUUUCGGACUUACUGGCUCAGCUUUAAACUGGUUUCAAUCAUAUCUUUCUGACAGAACUCAAAAAGUCUCUAUUUCCAACCGCUCUUCCAAACCUUCAGCCCUGUCUAUUGGAGUUCCUCAAGGAUCGGUCCUUGGGCCGGUCCUUUUCAUCCUCUACACUAAACCUCUAUCAUCUCUCAUUAGCCACCACUCAGUUUCCAGUCAAUCCUUUGCUGAUGACACUCAAAUCAGUGACUCUUGCUUUCCUGAUCAACUUGAUGCCACAAUCCUUCGCAUACAGGAGUGCGUGGACGAUGUAAAGCGUUGGAUGACUUGCAACAAACUGAAGCUAAAUGAUGAUAAAACGGAAAUCCUUCUCAUCCACUCUCAAAACAAACCUCUCCCUCCAUUCGCUCCUUCUUCUAUAUCUAUUGGCAACUCUGACAUCACACUCUCUCCCUCUGCCAGAAACCUUGGAGUCACGCUUACGGACACCCUCUCCAUGGACAAACAUGUCACGAAUAUAUGCAGAUCAGCAUAUAACGAAAUUAGAAAAAUCAGCACCAUUAGACACCUCCUCUCCUUUGAUGCCACAAAAACUCUCGUCUCUUCACUCAUUCUUUCAAAAUUUGACUACUGUAACAUUCUUCUCUCAGGCAUUCCUCAACACCACAUAGAAAAACUUCAGAAGGCACAGAACUCAGCAUGCAGACUCAUUUUUAAAUUAAAGAAACAUGACCACAUUCAACCACACAUGCGGCAACUCCACUGGCUUCCAAUAUCCUCUCGCAUCAAAUACAAGUCUUCCAAUCUUUGCUUCAACUCGUUCACUGACCCUCACUUUCCUGUCUAUCUCUCUGAACUGUUGCUUCCUUACAUCCCCACAAGACAACUACGUUCUUCCAUUGACAGUAGAACCCUCUCAAUCCCAAGAACUAAAACUAAGACCAUCGGUGAACGCUCCUUCUGCUUCCAUGGGCCCACGUUCUGGAACCAGCUCCCCUUCCAUAUACGUCAUAGUGAAACCUCGUCCAUUUUCAAAAAGUCCCUUAAAACUCAUCUGUUUAGGUCCGCCUAUGACCUGUGAUGCACCCUCCUUGCCCUACCUAAUUUUCUGUUUCGGUUUAAUCCUGAAGUGUCAAAGUGUCCUCUUUUUAUAGCCAUUUUCAUUGUUUCUAUAGAAUAGUAGUUACUAUCCUAGUGUCUCAUUUGUAUUUACUUAGUUUACAUGUUUUAAUAAUUGUAAAGCGCUUAGAGCUUUAUGAUAAGCGCUAUAUAAAAAUGCCUAAAUAAAUAAAUAAAUAAAUACUUUGAUGGACAUGUCUCUAUCGGAUACUUUGAUGGACAUGUCUCUAUCGGAUACUUUGAUGGACAUGUCUCUAUCGGAUACUUUGAUGGACAUGUCUCUAUCGGAUACUUUGAUGGACAUGUCUCUAUCGGAUACUUUGAUGUACAUGUCUCUAUCGGAUACUUUGAUGUACAUGUCUCUAUCGGAUACUUUGAUGUACAUGUCUCUAUCGGAUACUUUGAUGGACAUGUCUCUAUCGGAUACUUUGAUGUACAUGUCUCUAUCGGAUACUUUGAUGGACAUGUCUCUAUCGGAUACUUUGAUGUACAUGUCUCUAUCGGAUACUUUGAUGGACAUGUCUCUACCUGAUACUUUGAUGUACAUGUCUCUAUCGGAUACUUUGAUGUACAUGUCUCUAUCUGAUACUUUGAUGUACAUGUCUCUAUCUGAUACUUUGAUGCACAUGUCUGUGGUGAAAUUACUUUAAUUGUAGGGGGUGUUGGAACGACUCUCUGAUCAGUGUCACACCUGCUUGUGUCUAGGGCAAUUCUCUGAUCAGUGUCACACCUGCUUGUGUCUAGGGCAACUCUCUGAUCAGUGUCACACCUGCUUGUGUCUAGGGCAACUCUCUGAUCAGUGUCACACCUGCUUGUGUCUAGGGCAACUCUCUGAUCGGUGUCACACCUGCUUGUGUCUAGGGCAACUCUCUGAUCGGUGUCACACCUGCUUGUGUCUAGGGCAACUCUCUGAUCGGUGUCACACCUGCUUGUGUCUAGGGCAGCUCUCUGAUCGUGUCACACCUGCUUGUGUCUAGGGCAACUCUCUGAUCGGUGUCACACCUGCUUGUGUCUAGGGCAACUCUCUGAUCAGUGUCACACCUGCUUGUGUCUAGGGCAACUCUCUGAUCAGUGUAACACCUGCUUGUGUCUAGGGCAACUCUCUGAUCAGUGUCACACCUGCUUGUGUCUAGGGCAACUCUCUGAUCAGUGUCACACCUGCUUGUGUCUAGGGCAACUCUCUGAUCAGUGUCAAACCUGCUUGUGUCUAGGGAACCUCUCUGAUCAGUGUCACACCUGCUUGUGUCUAGGGCAACUCUCUGAUCGGUGUCACACCUGCUUGUGUCUAGAGCAACUCUCUGAUCGGUGUCACACGUGCUUGCGUCUAGAGCAACUCUCUGAUCAGUGUCACACCUGCUUGUGUCUAGGGCAACUCUCUGAUCGGUGUCACACCUGCUUGCGUCUAGAGCAACUCUCUGAUCGGUGUCACACCUGCUUGCGUCUAGGGCAACUCUCUGUUCAGUGUCACACCUGCUUGUGUCUAGGGCAACUCUCUGAUCAGUGUCACACCUGCUUGUGUCUUGCGCAACUCUCUGAUCAGUGUCACACCUGCUUGUGUCUAGAGCAACUCUCUGAUCGGUGUCACACCUGCUUGUGUCUAGGGCAACUCUCUGAUCAGUGUCACACCUGCUUGUUUCUAGAGCAACUCUCUGAUCAGUGUCACACCUGCUUGUGUCUAGGGCAACUCUCUGAUCAGUGUCACACCUGCUUGUGUCUAGGGCAACUCUCUGAUCAGUGUCACACCUGCUUGUGUCUAGGGCAACUCUCUGAUCAGUGUCACACCUGCUUGUGUCUAGGGCAACUCUCUGAUCGGUGUCACACCUGCUUGUGUCUAGGGCAACUCUCUGAUCGGUGUCACACCUGCUUAUGUCUAGGGCAACUCUCUGAUCGGUUUCACACGUGCUUGUGUCUAGAGCAACUCUCUGAUCGGUGUCACACCUGCUUGUGUCUAGGGUAACUCUCUGAUCGGUGUCACACCUGUUUGUGUCUAGGGCAACUCUCUGAUCGGUGUCACACCUGCUAUUGUCUAGGGCAACUCUCUGAUCGGUGUCACACCUGCUUAUGUCUAGGGCAACUCUCUGAUCGGUUUCACACGUGCUUGUGUCUAGAGCAACUCUCUGAUCGGUGUCACACCUGCUUGUGUCUAGGGUAACUCUCUGAUCGGUUCACACCUGUUUGUGUCUAGGGCAACUCUCUGAUCGGUGUCACACCUGCUAUUGUCUAGGGCAACUCUCUGAUCAGUGUCACACGUGCUCGUGUCUAGAGCAACUCUCUGAUCGGUGUCACAACUGCUUGUGUCUACGGCAACUCUCUAGAGGUGUCUAGAGGUAUUUUGUUAUAUCGAUUUCACGCACUAAGGGACAUAAUUAGCUUAUUCAUUUAUGCUUAACUACAAAAGAGUUCAUAAUACAAUUACUUAAAUGAAAUGAAUUCUAUUUAUUUACAAGUGUUUUAAUAUAUGAUAUGAUAGUGAAGGAUAUGAAAAAUAACUUUCAUACAAAUUAAUCUGGGUUCUAUUUUAUUAUGUAUAAUGGCUUCCCGUAUAGUCUAACUCUCAUCAUAAUAGUCGCUUUGCUUUGUAUUACUAUCGUAUGCGAUCAGACCUUCCAGACUUAAGUUAUCAAUCAAAUUUUAUGAUCUGGCUUGAUCAAUCAGAAGUAGGAUCACUUCAACGUGGAGGUGGCUCCUCCGAUUCUUUACUUCGUGGCUUUUCAGGGCUCAGCGCUUCACAGGGCGUCCACGUAAGUAGAUGACUGAGCGGUACUUAAGGAAGUAGCUCUGAUGAUCUGGCUAUAUCAUUCACUAGUGAGAUCACUUCAAUGUGGAAGUGGAUUCUCGGAUCCUUUCCUUCGUGGCUUUUUUAUCAUUUGUGUUUAGCAUAUAAAAUGAUGUUAGCAAUGCAUUUUUGUGAUGGAAACUUUUUUUUUAAAGUUCAUUUAUUAACUAUACGUAAAUAAACCCCAAGGAGGAUUAAUAUUUUUUUUAAAAGUGAAAGCCACAUACUAUUUAGUAAUAUAAACAAAAUAUUUGCAUCACACAACUGCGUCAAGCAGAGUGGUCACUCGACUUUUCGAGGCCCCUUUUGCCACUUUUUGGUUUUGUCCUCGCCCCACCUUGCAUUGAAAGAUUAUUAAUAAGACAAUAUACACUUCACAUCUUAAAGCCCUAAAAUAUUUGAGGCCCUUUGCAGUUACAGUGUCGGGAUUGCUGAGCUCACACGAUAGUUCUAAGGUUAAGUGACACCUACAUUUUUUAAACUAGCAUUUCUUCCGUUGCUCUCUAAGAGUAGAAUGUUGCAAAACUAAAUUAAAGUAUUUGUUAAAAUGUAUUCCUUUAUUUUUAAUUUAUCAUAAAUUUACUGGGGACUAUAAAGACUUAAUAGACGAUAUUAAGCUAGGGAAAAUGCAUACCCUCAAGGACGCCACAAUUGGAAUGUAUUUAGUUCAAGUUGGGCUCAAGCAAGUAAGAGAUGCUACUAAUUAUGGCUAAUUUUAGCACUUCGCACAAGAAAGUCUCAAAUUCCCCUCAAAAUUGCCUGAAAGAAACAUCAAAUUCAAGUAUACGCCAAAAUGUACCCCUGCAUUUUGAAAAUGUGCGACUAUCUUCAUCACCUUCAAAUUCUACACCCCUUCCCCCACGCUGAUCAAUGUUACAGUUUACGGUUGAAUACAAAAUUGUGCCAAAUGAUUACCCAUGGGCACGGCACAAACUGAAUGAAUUCAGUUUAUGUAUGCCAAUAAAUGCUAUGUCUCCCUCUGAUGAUUGAAAAAUUCCUUCCCCAAAUGAUAUAGCCUAGGAGAAACACUGAAUUCAGGUAUACUCCAAAAUGCACCUUUUGAUUUUGAAAGAAUCCAAAAUUUGCUGGGGUGGGCUCCCCAGCCCCCCCCCUUUUUUUUUUUUACUCAAGAGCCCACAGUAACCUCAAUUUCUGCCCUCUUUACUUUUAAAAAAUGGCAGUACAGCUGGCGCUAGUCAUAAUUUUUGUUUAUGAUAUAUUCACUACCUAGUGGAGGGAUAGAGAUCAUGAACAGUUUCAAAAUUUGCUGGGGUGGGCUCCCCAGCCCCCCCCCUUUUUUUUUUACUCAAGAGCCCACAGUAACCUCAAUUUCUGCCCUCUUUACUUUUAAAAAAUGGCAGUACAGCUGGCGCUAGUCAUAAUUUUUGUUUAUGAUAUAUUCACUACCUAGUGGAGUGGUAGAGAUCAUGAACAGUUCUUAUGAAGAAAUGACAUGCAGGAUGGUACACGAAGAUAGUCUCAAAGACGACUUUAAAGUGGAAACUGGAGUCGAUAAGGAUUUCUCUUGUCUCCCUUCCUAUUCAUCCUCGCCAUUGAAUGGAUAAUGAAAAAAUCCACAGACAAAAAGAGGAAUAGGAUACAGUGGAAACUUUGGGAACAAUUGAAUGACCUAGGCUUUGCAGUCGACAUUGCAUUUGUUCAUUUCUCUUUUAAUAUGGAUGACUUUGUACCACGCUUCCAGCCUUUGGGGAUGAAGCGUGAUUUUCAAAUAAGCUUUAUAAUAAUUAUUAUUCUUAUUUCUGUUCCGAAACCAGCAACAAAUGCAGGAAAGACAAAAGUCGUAGCCACAAUUUCAGCACAACUAGGACUCCGUAUAAAUAAAAUAAAGACGAAGAUCAUGAAGGUAAACUCAGCCAACCAAGAGCAUAACUCUCUGGCAGGAAAGGCACUACAAGAAGUGCAGUCCUUUAAUUACUUAGGCAGCACCAUAGACACAAAUGGCGUAUCCGAUGAGGAUGUAAGGGCUAAAAUUGGACAAGCUAGAUCAGCAUGAUGGGAGUCGAAGGAGCUGAAGCUGCAAACCAAAGUCAGAAUCUUUAACACAGAUAUCAAAACAGUCCUAGUAUAUGGAGCAGAAACUUAGAAAACAACGGCGAACAUUACGCUGAACAUUCAGACCUUCAUAAACACAUGCUUUAGAAAGAUCCUGAACAUCAGAUGGCCAAAUAUUAUCACCAACAAAGAUCUACUAGAAAGGACUCACCAGGUGCCCAUUGACGAAGGCAUCUUAAAGAAAAGAUGGAUGUGGAUAGGGCAUACUCUCCGAAAACUCCCAGAUAGCAUCACCAGCCCAUCCCUAACAAGGAAUCCACAGGGAAAAGGAAAGAGAGGAAGGCCAAAGUAUACAUGGAGACGCAAGCUAGAGGAAGACAUGCAAACCAUGGGAUCGAGCUGGAAACACCUUGAAAGUAAAACACAGGAUAAGUAUAGAAUUCUUGUGGAUGGCCAAUGCCCCAGUCGGGGGAAAAGGCAUAAAAGAAGAGAGAGAGAGAGAGAGAGAGAGAGAGAGAGAGAGAGUGGAGUAGCUAGUGUUAGUGCUGAUAGAUACAUAACCUAAUUGAAUAGCUAGUGUUAGUGCUGAUAGAUACAAAAACUAGUGGAGUAGCUAGUGUUAGUCCUCAUAGAUACACAUAAAAUCCUGCUCCUCCGUAUAAAUAAAAAGUGAAAUCUGGGCUGACCACCCAACCCACCUCCAUUGCAGAGGCGUAGCUAGAGUUUUUUGGCGCCAGGGGGCAUUGAUUUAUUUUCACACACCCCUCCCCAACUCUUAAAACCAUUAUUUUGAUGCGUUAAAUACCCCACAACCCAUAUUGGCGUCCCGCUAGUAUGGCGCAUGGGGAUUGCUGUUGGGACAGCAAAUGCGAACGUGCGCCUUCCGUAAGUCUCAAUGCGAACACGUGGUAUCGAGAGUUUGCCACUAUCGGAUGAUCGGAGUUGUCUAGCGGCUACAUAAGGCGUCUUGAGAGCUUUGAUAGGACGGCGCCAGGACAUGCAAGCAGCGGUAGAACAGAGUUGCAAUUUUGUACUCUAUGCGAGCGAGGACCGGUAGCCAAUGUAAGUCUCUCCUCAGAAGUGUUUUAGAAUAGUCAAAUUUGUGUUUGCGAAAAAUAAUGCGAGCCGCAUUAUUCUGUACUUUUUAAAUUGUAUCCAGGAGCGUAGCUGGAAGACCCACCAUGAGAGCAUUGCAAUAGUCCAUGCGUUAUAGCACAAAUGCAGACAUCAGCCUCUUUGUUGCAUCAAACGUUAAGAAAAGUCUGAUUUGACUAAUUCUGCGCAGCUCUAGAAAAAUCGCCUCGCAUAGCAUGUUAAUGUGAUUUUCCAUAGUUAGUGUUCUGUCUAAGUAGGUUUCGCACUGUUUGAGCAAACUCAAUCUGUAUACCUGAGAGAGAAAGAGGUGGUGUGUUAUUUACAGAUUUUAGCUUUUGAGCAGUAGCAAUGGGGAUCAGCUCGGUCUUUUCAUUGUUCAAUUUGAGCUUGUUUAUGUUCAUCCAGUGCUUAACUGACUCCACUGUCUUCUGUGUCAUACUAAGAAGCUGAGAGUACUGAGAAGGGGUCACGGAUUGUUGAAGUUGGGUAUCAUCCGCGUACAUGUGAUAGCGCAUAUCAAACUGCUUGAUCACCCAAGGGCUGAACGUACAUUGUGAAAAGCACCGAACCUAAAACCGAGCCCUGGGAUACCCCGAAUUCAAUAAUAUUUUGCUUCGAGGUCAAGCCGUUUGCGAUUACUGUUUGGACCCGAUUUGUCAGAUACGAGCGGAACCAUCUCAGGACGGUGUCGGUGAAACCGAACGUUUUUUGCAGACGUUGUAGAAGUAUGCCGUGGUCAAGCGUAUAGAACGCUGCAGAUAGAUCAAGUAACGACAAAAGGAAAACCCUGCCAUCACCACAAGAUGACAGAAGGUGAUUUACGACGUGUAACAGGGCUGUCUCAGUAGAGUGAUGCGCCCUGUAUGCUGACUGGAAAGGCUCAAACAAGUCACACUGAGUGAGGUGGUUCAGGAGCUGGCGGAGAACGACUUUCUCUAAAAUUUUUGAAACAAAAGGUAGAUUUGAGAUUGGGCGAUAAUUUUCCAACACAUUUGGGUCCUGAUUUGCUUUCUUUAGCAGUGGAGUUACGAUGGAGAAAUACCUGUUUUCAAAGACUGAUUUAUGAUACGAGUUACAAUAGGGACUAUUUCAUCCAAACAUUCGUAUAACAGCCCUGCCGGAAGAGAGUCCAGCAAACAUUAAUUUUUCGGGUAGUCAACCAGGAUUUUCUUAACAUACAAUUCAGUGAUCUCCAAAAAUUCGCACAUAGGAGGGUCUUUAAACGGCAAGAAUUCGGAAGCAUCGGUGCAAAUGUCAAGUCUCGCCCUGAUCUUCGUAACUUUCUUAACAAAGAAAUUAUUUAGAGCGUCUGGCAACUCACCUACGGCAAUUUUAUUUGGCAAAGAUGUGUCCUUCUGUUUACCGGUCAACUAACCCACAAUACGAAAUAAGUUCCUACAGUAUUCGCCAUCAACUGGGCGCUUAUUUGUUAUGUUUGUAAACUUGUUAGAUCAACCAGUUUGUUGUUUUGAUUCAUGGGCUAUAUAAACAGACUUUAUUACCACUAGUGAUCAGGUGAACAUGGACUGGCAGACUUCAUUAUCACAAGUGAUCAGGUGAACAUGGACUGGCAGACUUUAUUACUUAUUACCACUAGUGAUCAGGUGAACAUGGACUGGCAGACUUUAUUACCACUAGUGAUCAGGUGAACAUGGACUGGCAGACUUUAUUACCACUAGUGAUCAGGUGAACAUGGACUGGCAGACUUUAUUAUCACUAGUGAUCAGGUGAACAUGGACUGGCAUACUUUAUUAUCACUAGUGAUCAGGUGAACAUGGACUGGCGCUGAAGAUUUAUGCAACACGUUUAUCAUGCAUACAGACAAUUGAUAAGCAUGUUCGUCAACAGUUCGAUCAAGUAGAAAAACUUAAAAACAAAUAAAUUAGCAAAUAUUUCAAUUACAACUGUAUUAUUAUUUCACAGUUGUUGUUUUUCCCUCCUUUUUUAAUAUAUAUAAUUCAGUUGUAUUAUUUUGCAGUGGUUAGAGGGUGUCAAGUCCUGCAGGAAAUCAUGGGAACAGCGUUUCCGUACUUUUUUGUGCUGAUUAAAAUGCGCAUCAUUUUUUAGAUGUGUUAUUUUGGUAACAAUGUCAUUCAUUAAAAACAUUGCUCGAUUCGCAACAACAUCACAUGGAUCACACCAAUCCUAACACAUCAUGGCUACACCAUUCAUAACACCACAUAUUACACCAGUCCUGACACCACACGUUGCACCAGUCCUAAACAAUACUGAUAAAGUUCAAUACUCUUCUGGGGUCGAGAUUCAAUCUCUUAGGACCCCGGCCAUUAAUCUCGCUGCGCCUCAUCUUCUGGGCGUCACCGUAGAGAUAGUCAUUGAGGCAGGCCUCAGGGUCUCUCCCGUCGGCCCCCAUCCCACUACUCGGACACGUGACCACCAAGUGAGCCACUGUCUCUUCUUCUAGUCCGCAUAGGCGGCAAUUUGGUUCCCUUCUGUCGUCCAGUCUAUGGAGGUAGCUGCGUGUCGCGCAGUGCCCAGUCCUCAUCUGGAUGAUGAGGCUUUGCUCUCCACUUCUAAGUUCCCACCAGGGGUUGCUCUUGCUCGGACGCUUAAUUUUCCGGUGAGGCUGUCAUCCCGUGGCUCCUUCUGGUUCCCGUGGUAACCUUCUGUGCCAUUUGUUCCUAAAAUGGUCUUUUAACCAAGUGGUGACUCCCAGCUAAGUCAUUGGUUUGUUGGGGUGGGGUUGAGCUGCUCCUUCUUUGGCUAAGAAGUCCGCCCUAUCAUAAAGCGACGCCUCUGAGUGCGAAGCGAUAAACUGUAGGAUUACCUUAGAGCCUUUCUCAUGGAUGUUGCCAACUGUCUCCAAAAUGGCUGUGACCAACCCUGUCCCUAUUGAACCCCUCCCCACAUUCUCGAGAGCUGAUCGUGAGUCGGUGAAGACCACUACGUCCGGGAAAUUGUUCUCUUUGCUAGGCGUUGGUGGACCCUUUUCAGAGAUAGCAUUAUUGCCUCGAUUUCCGCAUCGAGGCUCGUUCUAUUUCCUCCGCUUGGGCAGAUAGCUCCUCGGGUGGGGCUAUCUCUGCGGGAUACUGGAUAAGGAUACCAUAGCCACUGCGUUUUUCCUUUGUAAAGCACGAGCCGUCCAUGAAGACUUUAACCAAACUAUCCGUUAAUCGUGUUUUUCCCAGCCUCUGAUAUAUCUGGUUGAAGACUGACUUUGUUGGCUUUAGCGAUCGUCAUGUCAAGUCGUAUGUCUGGUCGGGUAAGGCUUUUGUUGGGGCCCCGUGUGGGGAUCACCUUCAACUUUUCCCUGUUUCCGGGUAAAAUUACGUCUUCUUCAAGACUGUGCACCGUGUUCAUGAAGGAUGGCCUCUUCAAUCUGGACUUUUUUACCCAAUUGUCCUGAAGCUGGAACAGGGUUCUUCUCUUUCCAUACGGCGGUAACUUUCAACCGUCGUAAGGACAGCCUUUUCCCGCCUGACCUCGAGCGGUUCAACAUUUGACAGGACUUCCACAGCCGCCGUGGGCGUGGUUCGUAUUGCCCCGCAUACAAACCUUAGAGCUCGGUUUUGGAUGCGGUCCAGUUCCUCCAGAGCCGUUCGGCUCGUGAAGGUUGGAGCAGGCAAGCUAUAGUCCAUAACCCCUCUCACACUACUGAGAUAGAGCGAUCUCAGUAGCCUUGCGUCCCUGCCCCAUCUCGUGCAGGCAAGCUUUUUUACCAGUCCUAACUUCUCGGAUGUUCUAGCACACAGUUCGCGUAUAUGGUUUUGAAGCCGGAGUUUUCGAUCCAGCUUCACGCCCAAAUAAACUGCAAUCCUGUCCCAUACCAAUUCUUUCCCAUUAAUUGAGAAUUUAAUAUCGACCUUAAGUGCCUUUCUUCCAUUGGUAAACUUGCAGUAAACCGUCUUCUCUGUAUUGACGACCAUUUUCCACUUCCUCGCAUAGGCUUCGAUGCUAUGGAGGUCAUUUUGCAGCCGGUUCUUCUAAUGUUGGACGUCUUUUCUUGAGCUCCAAAUGACUAGAUCAUCUGCGAACAUCGCAUUAUCGGAUACUAAUUCCUCUUGCAAGUCGUACACGUACGCCAGGAGCAGGGUGCGGAGGGCGGACCUUUGCGGGAGUCGGUCCUCCAGAACUAGCUGACCUGAUAAACUUUUGCCAACCCGCGUGGCUAUGGUUCUGUUCCUGAGGAAGUCCGUCAACCAUGUGGACAUGUUACCAGAAAUCCCAAGCUUCUGGAACUUAUACAUGAGGCCCAUGCGCCAUACCCGAUCGUACGCUUGCUUGAGGUCAAAGAAAACUGCAACCAUGUGAUUUUUCUUUUGGAGCUCGUUGGUCAUUGAUUGGACAAGACGGAUUACCUGGUCCAUGGGUUGGCGACCCUUUCGGAACCAGCAUUGCGUCGGUGGUAGGCACUUAUUACUCUCUAGAAACCAGUAGCGUCGUCCAUUCACCAUUCGCUCGGCCACUUUUCCCACACAUGACGUUAGGGAUAUCACCCUGAAACUACUCGGUAAAUGGCCUGGCUUCCCUUCUUUUGGUAUCGGGACAACUAUUGCUUGUUUCCAUUUUUAGGUAAAAUACCUGUAGUCCAAGUUCGGUUAAUGAGCCAGCAGUAGUUCUCUCCCCUGUCUACCCAGGUGGGUUAACAUUUCAUUGUGAACUUUAUCAGGGCCUGGUGCUUUUGCUUUCAAACACUUGUCUAGUGCGCUACGCAAGUCUUCCAUUGUGAAGAGGGUUGUGAAAAUCUCGGGGUGUGGUCCAACACGUUGGAUACGAGCUCCCUUUUUCCUGAGACGGCGGACUUCUCGGUCCUCUUCUGUCUCGCACUGUAACGUUCACCGACAACGUGUCAGUGUUUGCGUAACGUUUGGACUCAAAGACCUCCACCGCGAGGUCAUUCCUAACCGCUGUGGUAAUGCCUUGGCAUCGACCGCACUUGCAGUGGUACAGCGAUUAACCGGUGAUAUGAAACAGCUUGACGUGGAGCAACGUUUCUUGGAAUAGAGGUACAUCCACAUUCCGUUUGUGGAGUAAUUUGGCUACUUUGUGCGAUUUCUGCCUAAUAACACACACGUUCAGUUGUAGAACAACUAGGGAAAUUUGGGGGUGUCCCGUCCCACCCAUACGAUCUCGACCAGUAGCAUUUUGGCCUCGCGCGUGCCUGUCAUGCGUCACACGCGCUAGAGAGGACCUCUUCCCCUUGAGGACGUCCGCGGGCAGGGGUAGUAGUCCACACACCACAUCAGUAGCUCUACUCGCUCCCACCCAGCCUCCCAGCAGUGGGUAUCGAGGGCCUUUUGACGUCGUCACGGUCGCCAGGGCUGGAUCACGUCCAAUCUCUGCCAGUCGAACCUGCGUCAAUGAUUUAUUUUGCAUGACCAUGAGUAGUGGGUUUGGGGCUGAAGUCUUACUCUCAUUGAGGGGGGGGGGGCUUUGCGUCGCUUUCCCCCUUGCCCAGUGAGUCUUUCGGUCGGGACGUUUUCUGUCAGUGAGACUUUUAGCUUCAGGAGAGCAAUCUUUACUAAUCUUCCACGCCGCGUAGAGGCAAGUCUCGUGUGACACCGCCGAGUUUCCUCGGUGGUGUGGGUCGCUGACCUAGAGGCGUUCGGUCAGGUCAUUUCGCGGAUCCUAAACAAUACUAAACAAUACUAAACAGUACUAGUACUAUCGUCACAUGGUAACAUCAGUCCUAAUAAUAAUAAUAAUAAAGUUUAUUUGAAAAUCAUGCUUCGUCCCCAAAGGCUCGAAGCGCGGUACAAAGUCAACAAUAUUAAAAGAGAAAUGAAAAAAUCUAUAUUUUACAACAUUGAAAUACAAAACGCAACAAUACAAAAACUACAUACGAGCAUUCCAUUCAAAGUCUUUCAUCCUUUGCAACCAUAAACAACACAAGCAAAUAUACAUCUAGGAGAAAAUAGCUAGCUGGAAAAGAUGGUAGACAACAUCACCCCAGCAGGUGUUUGCGAAAUAGAUGUGUUUUCAAAUCGGUUUUUUGAAGGACUCCAGUGUCUGGCUAUUUCGGAGAAUGACAGAAAGGGCGUUCCAAAUUGUUGGGCCAGCAAAUGCGAAAGUGUGCCUUCCUUAAGUCUCAAGGCGGACUCACGGUAUCUGUUGCCACUAUUGGAUGAACGGAGUGAUCUACUGGGUACAUAAGGCGUUAUCAGCACUUUGAGAUAGAACGGCACCAGGUCAUGCAAGCAGUGUUGCAAUUUUGUACGCUAUUCGAGCGCGGACCGGCAGCCAAUGCAGCUCUCUUAGAAAUUUUUUAGCAUGGUCGAAUUUGCUUUUGUGAAGAACAAUGCUUUUUGAAUUUUUUUCUAACACAUCAUGGCUACACCAGUCCUGACGAAACAUGUUACAACAUGUUCACACCAGUACUAACACCACAUGGUAACACAAGUCCUCACACAUCAUGGCUACACUAGUCCUGACACCACAUGUCACACCAGUCCUAACACCACAUGUCACACCAGUACUAACAUGACAUGACUACACCAGUCCUAACACCACAUGUCACACCAAUAAUUACACAACGUGGUCACACCUGUCAUAACACCACAUGUCACAUAGUCCUAACACUUCAUGUUACACCAGUCAUAACACCACAUGGUCGUUCCAGUCAUAAGAUAACACGUUCACAGCAGUCCUAACAUCAUAUGGUCACGCCAGGCCUAACACCACAUGGUCGUACCAGUCAUAAGAUAACACGUUCACAGCAGUCCUAACAUCAUAUGGUCACACCAGUCCUAAAGCAACAUGGUCGUACCAGUCCUAGCAUCACAUGGUCACACCAAUCCUAACACCUCAUGUCACGCCAGUCAUAAGAUAACACGUUCACACCAGUCCUAACUCCACAUGCCACAUUAGCACAAACACAACAUGAUCACACCAGUCCUUACACCACAUGUUCACACCAGUCCUAAUACAACUUGGUCAUACCAGUUCUAACACCAAAUGUCACACCAAUUUGAACACUUCACGUCACACCAGUAAUAACAACACAUGGUCACAAGGUCCAAACACAACAUGGUCAUACCAGUCCUAACAUUACAUGGUCACACCUGUCCUAACACCAAAUGUCACAACAGUCUUAACACCACACGGUCACACAGUAGUGCUAAGACCAUUUGUGGGAUGAACACUAUGGACUAGCAUACUGUAGACAAAAAGUCCAGGGCCACCUUGAUGUUCUUCUUAUUCUGUCUGCUUUUAACGCGAAGAUGUCCGUGGCAGGUACAGUUGGUGAUCUGCUGUAAGGUGUCUGAAGCCUGAUGAAGAUUUAUAUUGUGGACUUUUAGGCUAUCAUUUAUCAACGUCUAUCAACCGUUGACGUGGUCUUCAUAUGUCCCUGAAACCGGAGUGCUGCCUAAUGUGGUCUUGCAAGUUGAAAAACAUGGUGGUUCACUGGCAUUUUGGCCAGGUUGCAAACACCAAAACAUUUGCUUUUGCCGUUCGGCCAUAAUAAACUGUCUAAUGGGAGUCGAACCAAGCAUUUGUUGUAUUUUUUCCUGGUUCUGGUUGUGUUGAACAUUCGCGUUGAACACCCUUAAACAUCGCAUCUUGGAGAUAGAGAACUUUUAUCUCAAAAGUUUUAUUCAGAUCCCAAGUCUGGCACUGUUCAAAACAUGUUCAUAAUUACCAGAUAAAAUUAUUUUUAAAAUGGUGAUUUAAAGAAUGUUGCUACAUUUAGAGAUUCUAAGCAAAUGGUAGUGAUCUUUGAACGAUUCCUAUUUCAAUUUUGUCCACUCGUUUUUAAGUUUUAUUUCUAUUCUGUUAUUUUAUUAGGUCAGCUGUGUUCACAGUGUUAUUAUACUAUAAGUUUAUAGUGUAAACAGGGCCGGGUUCAUUUCUACACCCUAGGCCUAGGCCAAAACACACACAAUUCUGCACCCUAUACCAAAGCACACAAUUCUGCGCCCUAGACUAAAGUACAUAAGUCUGCAUCCUAGGCCAAAGCACAUAAUUCUUCUUCUUAUAUUUGAGGGCUCACGAUCAAUGUGUUGAUGAUUCUGGCUCUGGUUUGAAUUCAGAAUUUGCCCUAGGCCACAGCACAUAAUUCUGCGACCUCGACCCCCCCCCCCCCCCCCCUUUUAAAAAAAAUUUUUUUUUUUUUUUUUUNAUCUUUAUAAUCUUUGAACCACAUUUUAUUUUUUUAUUCAAGUCUACAGCCUUUUUCAAAAUAAUACCAGAUAAAAUGUUAAAUAUUUUGCUUGUUAUUUCCUCUGUAAAUACGCCCCCUGACUGAUGCGCAUAUGGCAAACCCAAUCUUGAUUAUUAUUAUCUGUCAGAUUAGACAAUAGUUGUUUUCUUCUUGGAUGUUGUUUGUUUGUUAUUUUUUAAUUAUUUUUUUUUUUUUUUUUUAAAUUUGAAAUUUGCUAUUAAGACGGAGUAAAUGAUUUGCAUCCACACCAGGUCGAACACACCUGCCGCAUCUCCUUCACCACCUCGAAACAACCCACGCCCCGGCACAUCAGCACCCAACUCAAAGUCAAAAUCAGCUACUCCCUCUGGAAAGGGCUUUGGAUCGGGCAUCGGUGGCACCAUUGCGGGCUCCUUCCUUGGAUCAGCAUUGGUAACUCGUUUAUUUGUAGAGGUCUUCAUAGGCAGGCUUUGAAGUAGUUCACAUGGUGUCAGGGUUUCCACAUGGGGUCGGAAUGAUUAGGGCUGCCACAAUGGUUCAUCGCCACGACUUUACAUGGCUUCAAUGAUAUAAACGUUGUGUGUUAAAUGAUUUAUUUGUAGAUGGUAAAGUGAACCCCCCUCCCCCAGACGGUUCUGCGCAGGGCUAACAACUUGCCACAUAAAAACCCUUUGUUACAAAAACGCAGAAGAGCAACAAAAGACAUUCCGGUCCUGGGAGAGGAUAGAUUCCCAGCUGAGGAAUGCAUGACGCCAAGUAGUGAAACUAUUAGGCUGACGACCAUCAUCUUCACUAGGACCACCACCGCCAUUGAAACAUGGAAGGUACGCACCAUGUAUGAGACGGGAAAGACUGCACAAGUAGCCGCUGAGAUGAGGAACUAUUACCUCGCUAAACUAGGAAUCGGAGAAGCAAGAUGGAUCGGUUUCGGACAGAAGAGACUAGUCUCAGUGGAGAUGCUGUUAUUCUCAGGUAACGAGGAGGACGAUGCACCACACACUCUGGGUGUGACCCUGAUGAUAUCUAGGACAGCCCAAGAAGCACUCAUUGGAUUCACAUGGACCUGGAAUCCUCACAGCAACUUUUCAGACCAAAAACACAGAAUCAAUUUGGGUGUUGAUUCAAUGCUACGCACCUACAAACGAAAGUGAGGAGGAGGACAAAGAUGAAUUCUAUAACAGGUUACUGACCAUUGCCCAGGUUCGCCCUCGGCGAAACAUUGUCAUUCGCAUGGGAGAUCUCAAUGCCAAAAUAGGCAACACGGGUUACGGAAAAGCCAUGGAGCGACAAGGGACAGGAGAGAUAAUGACAACGGAGAAAGAUUUGCUGACCUAUGUGCCAAAACAAAUUUAGUCAUAGGCGGGAGCUUCUUCCAACACAGGAGGAUGCACAAGGCCACAUGGGUUUCACUGGACCUCCAAACGAUGGACCAAAUAGAUCAUGUUGUAUUCGUAAAAAAAGUUAAGGCGAUCUCUCCAAGAUGUACGUGUCAGAAGAGGAGCUGACGUUACCUCAGACCACCAUCUUCUAACUGAAAAGCAUUACACUGAGCAGACAACAUAUAGCUUGCGCUACAACAGGCCCCUCCUGAAAGAUAAGACCAAACAUGAAGAGCUCAAGAUCACUCUACCCAACAAGUUACAAGUCCUACAUGAACUGCUAGGGGACGAGAUGAUCUAUUGAAAGUGGCAGGGAGUGAAGAAAGCAGUCAAAUCAACAUGCCAGGAAGUGUUGGGAAAUAGGAAACAUACACACAAAGAAUGGAUAACAGCAGAGACAUUGAAGGUGAUAGAAGAGAGAAAAGGUAAGAAGGCAGAAAUUAACAACAGCCGUACACGAGCGCAAAAAGUUGGGUUCUAAAAAGAGUACUCAGAAGCAAAUAGGAAAGUAAAGAAAAAUGCUAAGAUGGACAAAAGGAACUUUCUAGACAUGCUUGCCAAAGAAGCGGGAGAAGCAGCCUACCAGGGGAUUAUGCGGCAAUUGUUCGCUACCAUCAAUAAGUUGUCUGGGAAGUUCAGGAAGCCAGAGAGACCAAUGAACGACAACGAUGGUAAGAACAUACCAAAUGAGGAGCAACAGAGAAGCAGAUGGACAGAACACUUUGAGGAACUUCUAAACAGGCCAGAGCCAGAUAUCCAGCCAGCUGACAGUGACCUGGUAAUUGACUGCAACACACCCACCAAAGAAGAGAUCCUUAAUGUCAUCAAACAACUUAGAAAUGGCAAAGGGGCAGGACCGGAUGGCAUCCCAGCAGAGGCACUGAAGACUGACGUGAACACCAGUGUAGAGAUGCUACACACUCUGUUCAUGAAGAUCUGGGAGAAAGAACAGGUACCUUCUGAGUGGAAGGAGGGAUACCUCUUUUUAAAUCCCAAAGAAGGUGCCCUUAAGCUCCUGCUUCAACUAUAAAGGGAUCACCUUACUGUCCAUCCCAGGCAAGGUUUUCAACCUCGUACUACUCAACAAAAUGAAAGACGCUAUUGACCCCCUGCUGUGAGACCAAUAAGCUGGCUUCCGCACCAACAGAUCCUGUACAGACCAAAUUGCAACACUGCGCAUUAUCCUAGAGCAAUCACUGGAUUGGACCUCGCCUCUCUAUAUCAACUUCUUUGACUAAGAGAAAGCCUUUGACAGUGUGGAUAGGCAAACCCCUUGGACACUGUUGAGACAUUAUAGAAAAUAACGGACUUAAUCAUUAACUCCUAUGAAGGGAUGACCUGCAGAGUUGUCUACGGACAACAGGUGACAGAUGCUUUCCAGGUGAAGACCGGUGUGAGGCAAGGAUGUUUGCUUUUGACUUUCCUGUUUCUAUUGGCCAUUAACUGGGUGAUGAAAACAUCCACACAGCAGAAGCGGAAUGGUAUACAAUGGACCUUGUGGGACCAGCUUGACGAACUCGAUUUUCCUGAUGAUCUUGCCCUUCUCUCCCAUACCCAAAAACAGAUGCAGAAGAAAACCAGAUCUAUUUCAGCCACUUCUGCACUUAUUGGUCUUUAAUAUACAUGUUUCGCACUGGCUUCUCUUGUGAGAAAUUAAUUUCCUAUUUUAAAUUUAUGGCUCGUUCAAACAGUGCCUAACAAAGGACGACACCAUAGAUAAAUACAAUAACAAAAUUACGACACCCAAAACAGUACCAAUUACAAUUAAUAAGAUUUAAUUUGGUAAUAAUACAAUUACAAAACAAAAGAAAUAUCAUUACAAAUCAUCGACUUACAUUAUGGUAGAUCUUGUACCGGUACACACUUAACACAGUUAGUACAAUCUGCAAAUGAAUAAUGAUAAAUGAUCAAUGCGAAUAAACACAUAUGAGUACACAAAGAAUAAUACACGUCUCGUGAAGGUAAAAUAUCUAUCAAUCUCCGUCUGAAUUUCCGUGCCUGUCAAUCCCUUAUAUAGGUGGGUCUACCGACGCGUAAGCCCUGCCUUCCAGAAGCUACUCAGCAUUUGUUUACAUUUCUAGAACAAAUCGAGAUCAUUCGACAAAAUACUAGGAGACAGUCUAACCAUGUUUAAUUGGUAAACAUGACAGAUCAAAAGAACUAGCCCCGCCCAUCUAUGAACCGAGCGUCUGCUUAGGAAUCUAAUUUAAGGUCAAGCAAAGUUAACGCACGGGGAAGUGGUGUAAAACGUUAUACAUAACAAUACACAAAAAAGAGAAAGGUCUUCAAGGUCAAUGCCACCAAUACAGCACUCUUCAGGCUCGAAGAGAAGCGCUCGAAGAGGUGGAGAGCUUCGUCUGUCUUGGCAGCAUCGUGGACAAGCAAGAUGGGACUGAUGCUGAUGUCAAUAUAAGUGUUGGAAAGGCACGGGCACCCUUCCAAAAACUCAAGAAUGUCUGGGUCUCCAAACACUUGUGUAACAACUUAAAGAUCAGAACCUUCAACACCCUGGUGAAACCUGUUCUACUAUAUGGUGCAGAGACAUGGAGAACCACUGCUGUGAAUAUGAAGAGAAUCCAGUCCUUCAUCAAAUAACUGCCUCAGAAGGAUUCUCGGGAUUCACUGGCCUGACAGAAUCAGCAACCAGAAACUGUGGCAGCGGACAAAGCAGAAACCGGUAGAACAAGAGAUCCUCAAGAGAAGAUGGAGAUGGAUCGGCCAUACACUCAGGAAAACUGCCUCCAGCAUAACUAGACAAGCCCUGAACUGGAAUCCUCAAGGAAAACGGAAAAGAGGCAGGCCGAGGAACACUUGGCGCCGUGAAGUGGAAGCAGAUACCAAGAAACUUGGCCAUACUUGGGGGAAGCUGGAGAGAUUGGUUCAGGAUCGUGAUGCCUGGAGGACUCUUGUAGGCGGUAUAUGUCCUAGGAAGGAUCACAGACGUCGAUGAAGGUCGGCUGCUGUUCCUCGAGGACAAAGAGGUGAAAGAAAGUGAGCAUCUAUUGGGCAUGUAUUGUGUUUUAAUGUAAAUUCUAAUCCAAAGGGGGUGCAGACGAAAUGUUUGACAGUUCACAAGGGUAGGUUUUGCCAUCUUCACUAUUCACUAGGAUACAGACAUUGGCAAUAUCAUCUUCUCUAUUAAAUAGGGUACAAUUGUUGGAAAUGUCAUCUUCUCUAUUCACUGAGGUACAGUUAUUGACAAUGUCAUCUUCUCUAUUCACUAGGGUACAGUUGUUGGAAAUGUCAUCUUCUCUAUUCACUAGGGUACAGUUGUUGACAAUGUCAUCUUCUCUAUUGACUAGGGUACAGUUAUUGACAAUGUCAUCUUCUCUAUUUACUAGGGUUCGGUUAUUGACAAUGUCAUCUUCUCUAUUCACUAGGGUACAGUUGUUGGAAAUGUCAUCUUCUCUAUUCACUAGGGUAUAGUUGUUGACAAUGCCAUCUUCUCUAUUCACUAGGGUACAGUUGUUGACAAUGCCAUCUCAUCUAUUCACUAGGGUACAGUUUUUGACAAUGUCAUCUUCUCUAUUCACUAGGGUACAGUUGUUGACAAUGUCAUCUUCUCUAUUGACUAGGGUACAGUUAUUGACAAUGUCAUCUUCUCUAUUUACUAGGGUUCGGUUAUUGACAAUGUCAUCUUCUCUAUUCACUAGGGUACAGUUGUUGGAAAUGUCAUCUUCUCUAUUCACUAGGGUAUAGUUGUUGACAAUGCCAUCUUCUCUAUUCACUAGGGUACAGUUGUUGACAAUGCCAUCUCAUCUAUUCACUAGGGUACAGUUUUUGACAAUGUCAUCUUCUCUAUUCACUAGGGUACAGUUGUUGACAAUGUCAUCUUCUCUAUUCACUAGGGUACAGUUGUUGACAAUGGCAUCUUCUCUAUUCACUAGGGUACAGUUGUUGACAAUGGCAUCUUCUCUAUUCACUAGGGUACAGUUGUUGACAAUGUCAUCUUCUCUAUUGACUAGGGUACAGUUAUUGACAAUGUCAUCUUCUCUAUUUACUAGGGUUCGGUUAUUGACAAUGUCAUCUUCUCUAUUCACUAGGGUACAGUUGUUGGAAAUGCCAUCUUCUCUAUUCACUAGGGUAUAGUUGUUGACAAUGCCAUCUUCUCUAUUCACUAGGGUACAGUUGUUGACAAUGUCAUCUUCUCUAUUCACUAGGGUACAGUUGUUGACAAUGUCAUCUUCUCUAUUCACUAGGGUACAGUUGUUGACAAUGUCAUCUUCUCUAUUCACUAGGGUACAGUUGUUGACAAUGUCAUCGUCUCUAUUCACUAGGGUACAGUUGUUGGAAACGCCAUUGCCUCCAAGAUGUUUGCAGGCAGAGACCCUGACACAGGGACUAUUGAAGACAGAGACUCAGCAGACAGCAAUCCCUGCAAGAAAGAACUGGAUUACUUCCUGGAGUGUGCCAAGUAACUACACCUGACUUAACCUAUAGGCCUGUUAUUUAAAUAUACACCUGUUAUUAAGCUAUACGCCUGCCGUUAAACUAUGCAUCUGCCAUUAAACUAAACAUCUCCCAUUAAAUUAUACACCUGUCAUUUAACUAUACACCUGCCAUUAAACUAAACAAUACACCAGCCAUUAAACUAUACACCUGUCGUUUAACUAUACACCUGCCAUUAAACUAUACAUAUAUUGUUUAACUUUAUUCUUUAUUCUUUUCAAUGAACUAUCUACUUGAGAUAAACUAGUCAUAUGUCAUUUAGCUAUACAUCUAUCAUUUUAUGAUACAUCUGUCAAUUAAGUAUAAACCUAGUAUAAACAAUAAAACACUUGACAAGAAUUCUACAACUACAAGACCAGUGCAACUGACGAUGUACAUGUAAAUGAACAUAUUGAUCAAAUACUUCUCAAAUGUCAUCUGAAGUUUUCUGAUCAAAAAGAGUCCAAAACUCCAUUAAAAUAUUCAAACAUUUACUCAUGACUGUAUUAGUUGUUGCAUAAAGUUGAUGUGAUUUGCUUUUGUACUAGUUAUUACACUAGCUCUAGCCCGCCAAACAAUGGCAGCUGAAAUGCGUGAACUUCCUAUCUAUUCAAGAUACUUGACAAAACAUGCAUUCAAGUAACGCACCUUAGGGGCCUUCCAUAAAGUACGUCACACUAUUUUUUACCAUUUUAACCCCCCCUCCCCCCCCCCGUCACAAACUGUCACAAAUCUCGAAUAACCCCUCCCCCCCCCCCCCCCAAAGUACGUCACACUUUCGAAAAAAAUUUUUUUUAAUUAACACCUAAUUAAAAUUUAAUCUAAAACACACUUCACUAUUAAACUGUAUUAAAAUAUAAAGUUUCCACUUAAAAGAAAUAUCACAUUAUUAAAAUGACUUUAAUAGUAGAAUGGUUACUAGCGCUCCUAGCGAGAGAAAUCGUGAACAACACAUUCAGGAGAUACUCAUUUCAUGCUAUUUUGACAUAAAACUAAUUCAAAUUUUUCACAAAAUUUUGGAAAAUUAUUUUUAAAGCUAUUAAAUUCUACAAAUUUUUUUUUUUUAAAUAAAUUAGAAAUAAAAUUUAAAAAAAUAAAUGUGUGAUGUCACGCAUGGGGUGGACCCCCCCCUCCUUCCCCCUGUCACAAACUGUCACACUGUCUUACACCCCCUCCCCUCUCUGGACCGUGACGUACUUUAUGGACGGCCCCUUAUAAGAUUCUCAAUUAGAUUCUUAUCCCCGUUACGCCACCACCCCUGAGGUAUAUCAGUAUUCUUAUGUCUCACCUCCUUUUACACUGCAGAUUUAUUACAUCAACUAUUUUCCAAAAAACAAAAGAAAACAUUACGCACCAAACGCAUUUAAUUUGUGGUAUUUUUAAGAAUCUCAUUUAGUGCAGUUAUCGAAAAUUGUAUUUAGUGAAUUCAGCGCCAUCGGGUAGUGUUAUUGACAUUGUUACAUAGAGAAUGAUGCAUUUGAUGAUAUGUAUAUGAUUAGUCCAUUUAACUAGAUUUUUCUAACAGAUAUUCUGGUGACCCAUCCUAUUGUAAAGGUGCAUCUGAAGCACUGAAGAAAUGUGCAGACAAAAAUCGAGGUAAUUUCUAAUUUUAGGGACUGCAGACCGUUUUUAAAAAUUAAAACUUUUUACAGAAACUCUUUAGCUCUGUUUCUUAGGAUCCUAUUGUAGGUGAAUGUGACUUAAGUCAGGAUAGAUUGCAAUCGGUUAAGACCAUCUGAUGUUUGGGAUCUGACUUCGGUUGAGACCAUCAGAUGUUUGGGGUCUGGCCUCAGUUGAGAAUAUCUAAUGUUUGGGAUCUGACCUCGGUUGAGACCAUCUGAUGUUUGGGGUCUGGCCUCAGUUGAGACAAUCUGAUUUUGGGGGGUCUGGCCAUGAUUGAGACAAUCUGAUGUUUGGGGUCUGGCCUCAGUUAAGAAUAUCCAAUGUUUGGGAUCUGAUCUCGGUUCAGACUAUCUAAUGUUUGGGGUCUGGUCUUGAUUGAGACAAUGUGAUGUUUGGGGUCUGGCCUCAGUUGAGAAUAUCUAAUGUUUGGGAUCUGAUCUCGUUUGAGACCAUCUGUUUGGGGUCUGGCCUCGGUUGAGACCAUCUGUUUGGGGUCUGGACUCGGUUGAGACCACCUGAUGUUGGGGUCUGGCCUCAUAGAAGCAUAGAACAGAGGUAAGACUUAAUGUAAAGAGUUAAAAUAAAACCUCGCUUAAAACAUGUCUUCUCCUGCAGUUUCUUGGUUUAUGCUAAAAAUGUUGUUUAGUAACUAUUCUUUAUUUUCUCCAUAACCAGAUUACUUCCAGGAUGAUUGAGACCUCAAAUUCAGAUUAACAAGUUUGUAACACUGGACCUACGGGUGCCAAACAAAUAUACUGAAACAUAAAACAUCAAUUUGUUCAAGAUGGCUGUAACACCAUAUACUUAAAGGAAAUGUACAAGUGAAUUCGUUUUUUAGUCACUUCUGGUCUGCAAAACACUUGUACUAAUUCAAUUGUGCUAACUGCUAUUUCCUUUAUACCAAUAACUAAUUCACUUGUACCAAAAACUAAUUCACUUGUAACAAUAACUAAUUCACUUGUAACAAUAACUAAUUCCCUUGUACCAAUAACUAAUUCCCUUGUACCAAAAACUAAUUCACUUGUAACAAUAACUAAUUUACUUGUCCCAAUAACUAAUUCUCUUGUACCAAUAACUAAUUCCCUUGUACCAAUAACUAAUUCCCUUGUACCAAUAACUAAUUCCCUUGUACCAAUAACUAAUUCCCUUGUACCAAAAACUAAUUCACUUUUAGCAAUAACUAAUUCUCUUGUCCCAAUAACUAAUUCACUUUGCCAAUAACUAAUUCCCUUGUACCAAAAACUAAUUCACUUGUAACAAUAACUAAUUCUCUUGUCCCAAUAACUAAUUCACUUGUCCCAAUAACUAAUUCACUUGUCCCAAUAGCUAAUUCACUUGUCCCAAUAACUAAUUCCCUUGUAUCAAAAACUAAUUCACUUGUAACAAUAACUAAUUCCCUUGUACCAAAAACUAAUUCACUUGUAACAAUAACUAAUUCUCUUGUACCAAUAACUAAUUCACUUGUCCCAAUAACUAAUUCCC